AUGUGUGGAGUGGGCAAGUUCUGUGAGCAAUGGGGUCUUGAUGCCCGCAACGAAUGCCACAGAUGCGGCCAACCUGAAGAUACGCUUCAUGCCCUGCGAUGCUCCUGUCCUUUGGCAGCUGAGGCUUGGUCCGCCAGAGCCCUUCACCUUCAGUCUUGGAUGACCGCGGAAAUGACGGCCCCCACCAUUGCUAAUGCAAUCCUUCAAUUCUUUCAGACCAUCAGGGGUCUGGCCAUCUCCAUUGACCAAGUUGGCAACCACAUCCACACUUCCCGCCCCCAGCCUUUGGCUUGCGUCAUUCCCAAUGCAUCAUUAGAACCACUGUCUUCUCAAGGGUCUUCUUUCCAAACUCUUGGCGCCCCUCCAGCAGGACCACUUCCACAGCCUCAACAGCCUUUGCACCGGUACCUGGUGGGCGGCUAA